CUCCUUCGUCUCUCUCGGUCGCCGCAUCGCGGUGCUCCUUGUUAUCGUGUCAACACCAGUCGGAGCAACGUGUGGAGGAAACGCGUCUCGCGCGUUGCUGUUCGCAGCGGUGUGUUGUAAAUACAGUUCAAAUAGUUCGGAGUAAAUCUUGAAGGAUGUUCUACAGAAAGAUAAGCACCAAGUUGCUCCCAAGACCGGGGCCGGAAUUAACGGAGGAUAAUAUAUAUUGGAGUAAAUACGCGCCUCCGGUCUUGGUGAAAGAAUUCGGUUCGAUCGACUACAUCGACUUCUCGCCAGUGGAACCGUAUAAUUUCGCAGUCACGUGCUCGGUUCGACUGCAAGUGUACAAUCCCAUCACAAAGCUGGUCAUGAAGACUUUUAGCAGGUUCAAGGAGACUGCAUACGGUGGCAGCUUUCGCAAAGAUGGCACGCUGCUGUGCGCCGGUGGGGACGAAUCGGUGGUCAGACUUUUCAAUAUCAAUUCAACCAACACAGUGCGUCUCUUCUCGGGACACGAAGCUGCGGUACACAGGGCCUUUUUCACAGCCGACGACGUACACAUUGCCUCAUUCUCAGACGACAACACCACGAAACUGUGGGACAUAUCCAGCGAGCAGCAAGUAAUAAGCUUCAAGGAUCAUAUAGAUUACGUCAGAGCUGGCGCGGUGAGCCCUGUAUCUCCUGAUGUAAUAUUGUCUGGUGGCUAUGACAAACACAUACACAUGUAUGAUACCAGAAUGAACAAGAAAAUACUCAGUGUUAAUAAUGACGCGUCCGUAGAAAGUUUGCUGUUCCUGCCAACUGGAGGAAUAUUCCUGUCCGCAGGAGGGACAGAUAUCAAAGUAUUUGAUGUUUUUGCGGGUGGCAGAUUGCUCGCGAAAAUCACGCAACAUCACAACACGGUGACGUGUUUACAGAUAGCCUCAAACGGCCGCAGGAUCAUGUCCGGCUCAUUGGAUGGGCACGUGAAAAUCUACGACACCGGAACGUACAACACGCUUCAUACUUUAAAUUAUUCCAACGUGAUUCUCAGCCUAGGAAUUAGCGCGAACGAUCAGACAAUCGUGGCCGGUAUGGCGGACGGCUUGUUGUCCGUCCGAACACGCGAGAACGAGAAGGACACGAAAGACGUGAGAGACGCGAAAGACGCGAGAGAGGAGAGAGACAACGGUCUCGUGGAAGACGAGUUGUACAAAAACGCGAGCGAUAUUUCUCGCGUGCCCAACGUGAGCGGGAGUAAGCGACAGAUCAGCAAGGAGGUCUUGUGUAAGCACGACGUUUACCUGCGCAAGUUCCAGUACAGUAAAGCGCUCGACUGUGUCAUGAUCCCUUUCACGGUCAACAAAAAUCCGCAGAUAACGAUAGCGCUUAUGCAGGAGCUGAUCAGGCGACAAGGCCUGAAGCGAGCGUUAUCAGGUAGGGACGACAAGUCCUUGGUGACCAUCAUCAGGUUCCUGAACAAGUACAUCGGCAGCGUCCGCUACGGCCGAGUAUUGGUGCAAGUGGCCAAUGCCUUGCUAGACGUAUACGGUGACAGCCUGCAUAAGCUCGGCGAAGAGCCGCUCAAGAUGUUCACCAUAAUGGAGAAGAAGUUGCAGGAGGAGUGGCAGCUGAUGGUGACGUUGGCGCAGAUGGACGGUGCGUUGCAAAUGAUAAUGUCCGCCGGCGAGAAUACACCCGCGACCGUGAGGAAGACGCAGAGCAUGGAGCCGUCGAACGCUGCUCAGACCGAACGCGACUUUGUACUGAAUAUAACGUAAAGCAAAACCAUCGGGCCAAACAUGUCGGCCCGACGUUCGCUGUAAAUACAUUUCGCGUUAGGGUAAGUGUGACAAAAGCGUCGUCUUUCGUGUAAGUUCUACAAAAGCGUGUGAAAAUGCAAAUAUUUUGAGCGGAA